UGAAUUGGAAGCCUCGAUUUUUGCAUCUUGGUGCUACUGUACCAACAAAAACAAAACACUACCAUUGGACAAGGAGAAGUGUUGGGUUUGGCUUUCCAGAAAUGAACCAAUUGGUCAAAACACAGUUUGAGAUGGCUGAGCAUGUGUUUUGAUUUUGACUAAUCAUCUGUCUUCAAAGUAACCAAGACAAAGCAGCAUUCUUUUGGGGUAAAUUGAUGCAUGAACUGGCCGACAUUACUCAUCAGUGGCAAUGAUGAAAACAAAGUAAAAGUUAAGGGCAAAUUCUCAAAAACAGAACUUCAAAAAUGGCUUAUUUUUUAACAGCUCCAUUGCAUUUCUGAAGGUCAAAAGCUUCCUUUCCCUUGGCUUCCUCUCUCUCUUGCUCAAUUAACCUCGCUUGAAAUUCAUUAACUCCAGACCUUUUGAAUUUACAGCUCACAACCUCAAAGAGAUGUUUCCUUCCUUUGCCUUCUUACAGCAACAAUCGAUUUACUAGUCUUCAAUCAAAAUGCUGCCCUUGCCUAACAUGUCUGGUUUUUCAACAUCCUGAAAAACUAAAAGAACUGGCUUUUACUACAAAGGAUAGAUCUUGAAGCUGAAGAAACCAAAUCCAAAGUGUUUUUUUUUUAUUUUUAUGAUGGCAAGUAAAUGGAGGAAAGCAAAGCUGGCUCUUGGCCUGAACAUGUGUUUGUAUGUGCCUCAUCAAAAGCUUGAAGAUUCAUUGCCUUCAUCAUCAUCAACAACAUCAUUCAUUAAGCAUCAUCAUGAUGCCGCUGCUAAUGUUCCUUCAAGGUUUUCUUCAGAUUCUGUUCCUCUGUCUCCAGUUUCUCCUCCAGGCAACGAGUGCCGCCCCACAACUCCGACCCCUUCCUCUUCCGAGCUCCGGGUGUCCAAAUCUAGCCCAAAAUCUUCCAAGAGAACCUGUUCAAUAUGCCUGACAGCUAUGAAACCAGGCCAAGGCCAUGCUAUUUUCAUGGCAGAAUGCUCCCAUUCUUUCCACUUUCACUGUAUAACUUCCAAUGUAAAACAUGGAAAUCAGAUUUGUCCAGUUUGCAGAGCAAAAUGGAAGGAAAUUCCCUUUCAGUGCCCUGCUUCUGAUCUUCCCAAUGGAAGGUCUAGAAUCAACCCAACAGAUUGGCCCCGGGAUGAUACAUGGAUGACUAUCGUAAGAAGGCUAGCUUCCUCUCGGUUAGAUUCGACUAGGCAGAUUUCUUCACUUUUUCAUGCCUCUGAGCCGGGAACCUUUGAUGAUGAUGAAGUCCUAGAUCAGCAGGUUGAGAGUACGGAAGAACAUAUCUUUGUCAAGGAUGCUUCUAAGAAUAAUUCUAUUGGAGCAAUAGAAGUUAAAACAUACCCUGAAGUUUCGGCCGUUCCAAGAGCAACCUGUCAUAAUAACUUUGCCAUAUUAAUCCAUCUCAAGGCUCCCCAUACAAGUGGAAGGCUAGAUAGCAGAAAUCAAAUGAUAUUUUCCCCCACGACUCAAAAUUCUCGUGCCCCAGUUGACCUUGUCACUGUUCUUGAUGUUAGUGGCAGCAUGGCGGGUACCAAGCUUGCGUUGCUAAAACGAGCUAUGGGGUUUGUGAUACAGCAUCUUGGGCCCUCUGACCGGCUUUCUGUUAUAGCAUUCUCCUCCACAGCCCGUCGCCUCUUUCCUCUUUGCCGGAUGACUGAGACUGGACGGCAGGAAGCAUUGCAGGCUGUUAACUCUCUUACUUCAAAUGGUGGGACAAAUAUUGCUGAAGGACUUAGGAAAGGUGCCAAGGUGAUAGUAGAUCGAAAGUGGAAGAACCCGGUUGGAAGCAUCGUACUGUUAUCGGAUGGGCAGGACACUUAUACUGUCACAAGUCCUAGUGGAGCUCGUUCCAGGAAAGAUUAUAAAUCACUUCUUCCUAUCUCAAUUCAGCGAGAUGGUGGGGCAGGUAUCCAUAUCCCUGUGCAUGCCUUUGGGUUUGGUGCGGAUCAUGAUGCUGCUUCAAUGCAUUCAAUUUCUGAGAUAUCUGGGGGUACAUAUUCUUUCAUAGAAGCUGAGGGUGUGAUCCAAGAUGCUUUUGCCCAAUGCAUUGGAGGGCUCUUAAGUGUGGUAGUGCAGGAGACAUGUGUUCAAGUUGAGUGUGUGCAUCCAAAUUUGCUAAUUAAUUUGAUAAAGGCUGGGAGUUAUCGAACCAGCAUUACAGCUGGUGCAAAAGCAGGUUCUAUUGAUGUAGGAGACUUGUAUGCUGAAGAAGAAAGAGAUUUUUUGGUGACGGUCAAUGUUCCAGUUGAUGAAUCCAGUGAUGAGAUGUCAUUGCUGAAAGUUAGAUGUAUUUACAGAGACCCCAUAUCAAAAGAAAUGGUGUCUUUGGAAGAAGCCAAUGAAGUAAAGAUCCAGAGGCCCACAAUAAUAAUUGGACAACCAGUAGUGUCAAUGGAAGUAGACAGGCAGCGAAACAGGCUCCGCGCUGCAGAGGCUAUGGCUGAGGCCAGAGCUGCUGCUGAACAUGGUGAUCUCAGUGGUGCUGUCUCUCUCCUUGAGAGUUGUCGCAGGGCUUUAUCAGAAACCAUUUGUGCACAGGCUGGUGACAGGUUAUGUGUUGCACUAUGUGCUGAGCUAAAGGAGAUGCAAGAAAGAAUGGCAAACCGUUGUGUAUACGAAUCAUCUGGAAGGGCUUACGUGUUGUCUGGUUUGAGCUCACAUUCGUGGCAGAGAGCAACUGCACGAGGUGAUUCCACCGAUAGUACAAGCCUUGUUCAAGCUUACCAAACUCCUACCAUGACAGACAUGGUGACCCGUUCUCAGACCAUGUUCUUUGGGAACCCUCCACAACGAAAGCUUCGACAAGCUCAGUCAUUUCCAGUCCGUCCGGAGCCAAGGUAAUCAUUGACGAAAUCUUCAAAUAUUCUCCUCACCCUACAUUCAAUUUCUAUAUCCACAAACCUUUUGUUUUGUGAAAUAUUUGUUUCUUAUUUUUGUGGCUUGGGAAGCGGGGUAUAAAUUGGAGUAAAAGAAACGGGGCUAGGUGUUUUUACAUGGUGGGUAUAUUUUCUUGUUCUGAUAUGUAAAUUAAUAAAAAUUGGAGACAAUUGAAAUGAAUGGUUUGAAAGAAGAUAAAAUGAAGGCGACAAAAAGGAGAAUCUGAGACAUGAUGGAGCAUUGUACAUCGGGAGCAAUGUUUUUUUUUCCUCUCCAAAAAGGUAUAGCCAUGUAAUUGUGGGAUAGUUGGGGUGAAUUCUUCACUUAAAUGUAUGAUAUGGUAUAUCUGCUUUUGAUUCUUUUUCCCAAAAUUUGCCUAAUAAUGAGAAUUUGCUGGAAAACAAAAGCAUAUGCUUUAUUGUUACAUGAACUUGGCAUUAAUAUUAAUUCUGUUUGAUUCCAAAUUCUGGUCCCAAUCUAAAGUCUACUCAUUGCUGACUCUGUACUCGAUACCUUAUCAAGUUCUUCCGCUAACAAAAUCUGAAUUCUUUUCGAAAAGGACCAACAUCAUCAAAUUAUUGCAAGGUUACUGCUCUGGGGUUACAUGAUUUUCUGUCAAAUUUCUAAAAGCCAAAAUUCAUGGUGAACUAUGUUGAAGAAGAAAAUAUCAUUAAGGAAUAAAGUAAUCAUUAAGCCAACCAUUGAAAAUGGUGCAAAAAAUUCCUCCUUUAAUUGGAGGUGCCAUGGACCACAUAACUACUGGUGGCUACUCAAUUCCAUGUUGGACACCAAUAAAUCAAAACCAACUUUUUAAUAUUUCAUUUUGUUCAUGAUUAA